AUGGUGCAUUAUGAAUCAUUGUGCGCUCAUGUUACUUUUAGUGCUCACUGCUUGCAUUCUUUCUUUUUUUUCCUCGCAGCUUGCUUUUUCGCAGCUUCAAUUGCCAAAGAGGAGGCCUCUAAGUUGGGUACUGUUAUUGGGAUUGACCUGGGGACAACAUAUUCCUGUGUUGGUGUAUACAAGAAUGGUCAUGUGGAGAUCAUAGCCAACGACCAAGGAAACCGUAUCACUCCUUCGUGGGUGGCCUUUACUGACAGUGAAAGAUUGAUCGGUGAGGCUGCAAAGAAUCAAGCCGCUGUUAACGCCGAAAGAACAAUAUUUGAUGUCAAGAGACUUAUUGGAAGAAAGUAAGUUGCACCUUCCACUUAGUAUGAAGCUUUAAUGGCCAAAUUUCUUUUCAGAACUAUAAUAACUGUUGCUUUGUACCUCAUAGAUUUGAAGAUAAGGAGGUACAGAGAGAUAUGAAGCUCGUCCCCUACAAGAUAGUAAACAGGGAUGGAAAGCCUUAUAUUCAGGUGAAGAUCAAGGACGGAGAGACAAAGGUCUUCAGUCCCGAGGAGAUUAGUGCAAUGGUUCUGACCAAGAUGAAGGAGACGGCGGAAGCGUUCCUUGGGAAGAAGAUUAAGGACGCUGUUGUCACUGUCCCUGGUGAGUGAAACCUUCAUCAAAACUUCUCCAAUCAUUAAAAUUUACAUGUGUGCUAUGAACUCAUUUACAUCAUUUUCGUCGAUUAGAGUUUCUAAUUGAUUUACUAAUUUAUUUAUUAUGUUAUUCUUCCAGCAUACUUCAACGAUGCUCAGAGGCAGGCCACCAAGGAUGCUGGUGUAAUUUCUGGCCUCAACGUUGCAAGAAUAAUCAAUGAACCCACCGCGGCUGCCAUUGCAUACGGUUUGGAUAAGAAAGGGGGUGAGAAGAAUAUCCUUGUAUUCGACCUUGGAGGUGGGACCUUUGAUGUCAGUAUCUUGACCAUUGACAACGGAGUUUUCGAGGUCCUGGCCACGAAUGGCGACACCCAUCUAGGAGGUAAUGCAUCAAUAAGUUCUCAACUCUCAUCUUCGAUCGUUGUAGUUUAUGAGUUUGUGCUUCAUAACCCUUUGAUCGUGUGAUCUACAACAACAUGGGAAUGUUUGAGUAGCUUGCCGUUCCCGUUCCAUUCUCAUGGGGGGCUCUUUUGAUUAUCUAUCCUCAGGUGAGGACUUCGAUCAGAGAAUCAUGGAAUACUUCAUCAAGCUGAUCAAGAAGAAGCACGGAAAGGACAUCAGCAAGGACAACCGCGCCCUUGGGAAACUCAGGCGGGAAGCCGAGCGCGCCAAGAGGGCGCUGAGCAACCAGCACCAAGUCCGGGUGGAGAUCGAGUCCCUGUACGAUGGCCUGGACUUCUCCGAGCCGCUGACCCGCGCCCGCUUUGAAGAGCUGAACAACGACCUCUUCCGGAAGACCAUGGGCCCCGUGAAGAAGGCCAUGGAGGACGCCGGCCUGGAGAAGCACCAGAUCGACGAGAUCGUCCUCGUCGGCGGUAGCACCAGGAUCCCCAAGGUGCAACAGCUCCUCAAGGACUACUUCGACGGAAAGGAGCCCAGCAAGGGAGUCAACCCCGACGAAGCCGUGGCCUAUGGCGCAGCCGUCCAGGGCAGCAUCUUGAGCGGAGAGGGCGGCGAAGAAACUAAAGGUUCCAUCCUCCAUCCUCCUCCAUCCCCUUCUUCUUCUUCGUCGGGUGACUAACAUGAACAACUACGAUGGGGGGGUUGCUUCAGAUAUCCUGCUGCUGGAUGUGGCGCCGCUGACACUGGGAAUUGAGACCGUCGGGGGGGUGAUGACGAAGCUGAUCCCGAGGAACACGGUCAUCCCCACCAAGAAGUCCCAGGUCUUUACGACCUACCAGGACCAGCAAACCACCGUCUCCAUCCAGGUCUUCGAGGGCGAGCGCAGCCUCACCAAGGACUGCCGCAUGCUCGGCAAAUUCGACCUCUCCGGCAUUCCCCCCGCCCCCAGGUAACCCCCCCCUUCCUCCUCCUCCCCCUCCUCUUCCUCCUCCUUUGGCGGCUGCUGAAUGAAUGUCUGGGAAUGUUGGUCCGUCUGUGUAGGGGGACGCCGCAGAUAGAGGUGACGUUCGAGGUGGACGCGAACGGGAUAUUGAACGUGAAGGCGGAGGACAAGGGAACGGGGAAGUCGGAGAAGAUAACGAUAACGAACGACAAGGGGCGGCUUAGCCAGGAGGAGAUCGAGCGGAUGGUGCGCGAGGCGGAGGAGUUCGCGGAGGAGGACAAGAAGGUUAAGGAGAAGAUCGACGCCCGCAACUCUCUGGAGACAUACGUCUACAACAUGAAGAACACCAUCGGGGACAAGGACAAGCUCGCCGACAAGCUCGAGGCCGGGGAGAAGGAGAAGGUCGAGGCCGCCCUCAAGGAGGCCCUCGAGUGGCUCGACGACAACCAGAACGCCGAGAAGGAGGACUACGACGAGAAGCUCAAGGAGGUGGAAGCCGUCUGCAACCCCAUCAUCUCCGCCGUCUACCAGCGCUCCGGCGGGGCCCCCGGCGGCAGCGCUGGCGGCGCCUCCGCCGACGACGACGACGAUGACUCCCACGACGAGCUGUAG